AUGGGAGGAAGUGAAAGUUGUCUUAGUAUGAGAAUUGGAUUAUCAAGGGAGUUUUUAGAUGAUGAAACUGGAAGCAAAGUACAAGAAAUGAAGUUGGUAAAGGAGAUGAAAUGGGUGCAAGGGUGGAGGAAUGCUGGACAUCCAGAGACAACAAGGAAGGCUGCCCAGAGCAUCGCCAGGCUGCUCCCUUGUCCCGUGCCUUGGGCCUCCUCCUUUGGGAAUACGCAGAUGUCAGAAACUGAGCUGGAAAAGAUAAAAGUAAGAACAGCUGAGCUUUUCGAAAAUGAUAAAAAUAACAUUUCUUGGUUAAAGGAAGAUAUGCAACUCACAAAUGAAAAGCAUGCAGACGAGAAACCCAUUAAUGCUAUCAUUAUAAAUUCAGUAUCCGAAUUCAAUAUCACAGAUGGACCAGCCAAGGAAACCCCCAGUGAGAAAAAACUGUCAGAAUCCAGCACAUCACUGUCCUCCCUUGAAGAAUGCCAAACGAAAUUUUCCUACCUCCAAACUGAUACUUCAGUUCAUCAGAGAGACACUGAUGAGGAGUGUGCCUCCCUUAUCCUCACCUGUCUGUUUUGCCAGUUUUGGGACUGUCUCCUGAUGCUCCCAGAUACUUGUGAAACGGUGUGUACCAACCUGUGCUGCCCCUCUCACAGGUAUCACCACACCUCGGAUGAAAGUCACGCUCGGAAUGGUUGCAACUGCAACUGUGGCAUGGACUGCAGCCUGUUUGAAUCUUGCCACGAGACCACCGAGUGUCUGGAGCUGGCCAUGGAGAUUUCGGAAAUCUGUUACCGCUAGCACAGUGAAGUUAACCACAUCCCAGCAGAUCCUUUGGCCCCACAGGGAAAUCCCAUGACGAUAAGACUGUGAUUUCUAUGUGC